AUGAGCACCCAGUCCGCAAACCUACUGAGGAACCUGGCAAUUCAGAGCUUGCUGAGGGACAAGACCUUGACCAUGGAGGCCCUGGAGGAAUUGCCAGGGGAGGUCUUCCCAGCACUGUUCAUGGAGGCCUUCACCAUGGGGCACGCUGAGGUCCUCAAGGCCAUGGUGCUGUCCUGGCCCUUUCCCUGCCUGCCCCUGGGAGGCCUGAUAAGCCUAAGGAAUGCAGAGACUUUGGACUCUCAGGAGGAUGAUGCCCAGAUGCUGGAAAGGAUGUUCCUCACUAUUAUGGAUGGCCUUGAUGUGCUGCUGAGGCAGAAGGUUCGCUCCAGGAAGCUGAAACUACAAGUGCUAGAUAUGCGGGUCAAGCACCAGAAUUUCUGGAGAGUGUGGGCUCGAAAUGAGUUGCAAGUUUGCUCUGAAGAAGCUGAGAAGAAGAAAACAGAGGAGCCUGGUUCUAGGGGAACAAAAAAACAGCCCUUCAAGGUCAUUUUAGAUCUCUGGCUCAGUCAGGGAUUUCUGUGUGUAGUGGAAGCCUUCCUCAUCAACUGGGCCCUGGAAAGGGAAGAUGUGGUACAGCUGGACUGUAAGAAUCUGCGUAUAACAAAUGCAUGCUUUCCUACCGCCAAAGACUUCCUGGAAUUGCUGACCCUUGAUUCUGUGCAGGAGGUCCUUGUGGGUCAGGGCUGGACACUCUUUACCUUGGCUCAAUUUGCCCCUUUCCUGGGCCAGAUGCAAAAUCUUCACAGACUCAUUCUCUGUGAUAUCUCUCUGCCGGCCAUCCAUUCAGCAGGGAAAAGAGAGCAGUUAUUCACACAAAUCGCCUCUCAGUUUAGGAACCUUCGCUGUCUGCAACAGAUUUAUGUGGACUCUGUGAACUUGCUAGAAGACCGCUUGGAUCGGGUACUCAGGUGCCUCCCGACCCCGCUGGAGACUCUCUCAUUAACUCACUGCCAGCUCUCACACUCUGACUGGAUCCAGCUGCCCCAGGCUGAGCAGACCAGACACCUGGAAGUCUUGGUUCUGAGUUGUAUCCCAAUGACUGACUUUAGCCCUGAGCCCCUCCAAAUACUCCUCAAGAAUGUUGCAGCCACCCUGACCACCCUGCACUUGGAAAAUUGUGGCAUCACAGAUGCGCAGGUCUGUGCCUUUCUACCUUCCCUGAGCUGCUGCUCCCAGCUAACUGCCUUCUGCUUCGCGAGGAAUUUCGUGUCCACAGACACCAUGAGGAAGCUGCUCUGCCACACCGCCAGGCUGAGCAACUUAAUCCUGGAGGUGUACUCAGCUCCUCCAGACCUUUGCUUUGCUAGCCAUGGGGUUGACCCCCAUCUACGAAACCAGGAACUUGAAGACCUUAGGAGGAUCCUGAAGCCCAUAAACCAUCCCAGGACAGUCUACUUCUGUACUUUUCACUGUGAACGCUGCUGCCACUGGAAAGUCUACAACAUGCACCCUCCACCAUGCCCAGACUGCAUCCCCAUCUAG